AUGGCAUCUUCGCUUUCAUCGAUACCCUUUCAAGCGCAAGCAGCAGCUGGAAGCAGUGCUCCAUCAACGUCGGGGUCUUUCAGACCUUUCUCUGCAGUUAUCUCGGUUCUGACGUUUCUUGCUGUCCUUUCUUGCAUUAUUGGUAGGAUUUGUAUCAGACGUCGGGCGGUGGUGGCAGUGACACCGUUGGAUACGAUCAAGCAUGGAGGAUGUUUGGGUUGGUUGAAGCUCAAAUGUCGACGUUGUAUGGCUGGUGAGGGGGUGGAGAUGGGUGCUAAAGUUAUGUCUUUUGGAGAUGAUAAAAGUAAAGAUACUCAUCCCCAUGCACCUCCGGUUUGA